AUGGAUACUGCCUUCGCUGUUGGUAUUGUCGUUACGUAUUUCUUGACCAAGCCUGUGGCGAUUAGAAAAUUGCGGAACUGCAAGAAAAAAGGGCAGUUGCUUAUCACCUAUAUGCAGGAAGAGAGAACAGGAAGAAGGCACAAUGUUGGGGAAGACGGAAAGAAGAGAGGAACAGAAUGGCACAGCGGUGUAAGUUCAGGAAAAAAAGGUGAGCAAUUGUUCGAUGAGGACUUGAAUGGAGAAGAGUUGACGGGUUGA